AUGCUUGGAGGUACGUUAUCCCUGCUUCUCUUAUCGGAUAAGCCCGUGUAUUUUGAUGGGUCACUUUAUUGGUUAACCGAGUGUGAAGAAACCAAGGUGAUAUCUCUCGAUCUUCACACUGAAACUUUCCAAGUCAUAUGUAAAGCUCCCUUUGCUCAUGCACGUAACGGUUUCGACGUGUUCAUGUCCAUCCUCGAUAACCGGCUCUGCGUAUCACGGAGAAAACGGUCCACUCAAGUGAUAUGGUCAUUAGAUUCUUCAGGCGGCAGCAAGACAUGGAAGAAAAUGUGUUCGCUAGAUCUCACAAAUACUGUGUCUUGA